AUGGGGGGCGGGGUGGGGGGGAUUGGAAAACAGGGCCUGCAAUGUCAAGUCUGCAGCUUUGUGGUUCAUCGACGAUGCCACGAAUUUGUGACCUUCGAGUGUCCAGGCGCUGGGAAGGGCCCCCAGACGGAUGACCCCCGAAACAAGCACAAGUUCCGUCUGCACAGCUAUAGCAGCCCCACCUUUUGCGACCACUGCGGCUCCCUUCUCUACGGGCUGGUGCACCAGGGCAUGAAAUGCUCCUGCUGCGAGAUGAACGUGCACCGACGCUGUGUGCGCAGCGUGCCCUCUCUGUGCGGGGUGGACCACACGGAGCGCCGUGGGCGCCUGCAGCUGGAAAUCCGAGCUCCGACUGCAGAUGAGAUACACGUCACAGUUGGCGAGGCCCGUAACCUCAUCCCAAUGGAUCCCAAUGGUCUGUCGGAUCCCUAUGUGAAGCUGAAGCUUAUCCCAGACCCUCGGAACUUGACAAAACAGAAGACCCGGACGGUGAAAGCCACACUAAACCCUGUGUGGAACGAGACCUUUGUGUUCAACCUGAAGCCGGGGGACGUGGAGCGCCGGCUCAGCGUGGAGGUGUGGGACUGGGACCGGACUUCCCGCAACGAUUUCAUGGGUGCCAUGUCCUUCGGUGUCUCGGAGCUGCUCAAGGCGCCGGUGGACGGCUGGUACAAGUUACUGAACCAGGAGGAGGGCGAAUAUUACAAUGUGCCGGUGGCUGAUGCUGACAACUGCAGCCUUCUCCAGAAGUUUGAGGCCUGUAACUACCCCCUGGAACUGUAUGAGCGGGUGCGGAUGGGUCCCUCUUCCUCUCCCAUCCCUUCCCCAUCUCCCAGUCCCACCGACUCCAAGCGCUGUUUCUUUGGGACGAGCCCUGGACGUCUGCACAUCUCUGACUUCAGCUUCCUCAUGGUUCUAGGAAAAGGCAGUUUUGGGAAGGUGAUGCUGGCUGAGCGCAGGGGCUCUGAUGAGCUCUACGCCAUCAAGAUCCUGAAGAAAGACGUGAUUGUUCAGGAUGAUGACGUGGACUGCACCCUGGUGGAGAAGCGAGUGCUGGCCCUGGGGGGCCGAGGCCCCGGGGGGCGGCCCCACUUUCUCACCCAGCUGCACUCCACCUUCCAGACCCCGGAUCGCCUGUAUUUUGUGAUGGAGUAUGUCACCGGGGGCGACUUGAUGUACCACAUUCAGCAGUUGGGCAAGUUUAAGGAGCCCCAUGCAGCGUUCUACGCAGCGGAAAUCGCCAUCGGCCUCUUCUUCCUUCACAAUCAGGGCAUCAUCUACCGGGACCUGAAACUAGACAACGUGAUGCUGGAUGCCGAAGGACACAUCAAAAUCACUGACUUCGGCAUGUGUAAGGAGAACGUCUUCCCCGGGACCACAACCCGCACCUUCUGCGGGACCCCAGACUACAUAGCCCCCGAGAUCAUUGCCUACCAGCCCUAUGGGAAGUCUGUGGAUUGGUGGUCCUUUGGGGUUCUGCUGUAUGAGAUGCUGGCAGGACAGCCCCCUUUUGAUGGGGAGGAUGAGGAAGAGCUGUUUCAGGCCAUCAUGGAACAAACUGUCACUUACCCCAAGUCGCUUUCCCGGGAAGCUGUGGCGAUCUGCAAGGGGUUCCUAACUAAGCAUCCAGCGAAGCGCCUGGGCUCAGGGCCAGACGGGGAGCCCGCCAUCCGUGCUCAUGGCUUUUUCCGCUGGAUGGACUGGGAGCGCUUGGAGCGACUGGAGAUCGCCCCUCCGUUCAGACCCCGUCCGUGUGGACGCAGCGGCGAGAACUUCGACAAAUUCUUCACGCGGGCGGCGCCAGCACUGACCCCGCCAGACCGCCUAGUUUUGGCCAGCAUCGACCAGGCCGAUUUCCAAGGCUUCACCUACGUGAACCCGGAUUUUGUGCACCCGGACGCCCGCAGCCCCAUCAGCCCCCCGCCUGUGCCAGUCAUGUAAUCUGUCCUGCCGCCACUAGGUGUCCCCAUCGCUC